AUGGAUGACACACCCAAACUCGGAUCAGAUAUCGUCUCUUUGGGGACGGAUAUGUUCCUCAUGAAAUCAGAUACCAUGCAUACGGAGUCAGAGGUGCUUCCUGUGGACGCGGAUGCCAUCCCUAUGGAACCAGACCCUUCCCCUAUGGUGUCAGACGGUCUCCCUAUGGAGUCAGAUGUCAAUCCUAUGGAGUCAAACACCUUGCCUGUGGAGUCAGACCAUCCUCAUAUGGGAUCAUAUACCCUCCAUAUGGAGGCAGACCCUUUCAAUAAGGACCAAGGCAUCUUCCAUAUGGAGUUGGACAAGUCCACCAUCGACCCACAAGCCUCAGAAGACAAGUACGAUGAUGAUCCACUGCUCAAGGCCUUCAAAGUCAUGGAAGUCAUCGGUCGGUAUCGUAGCGUGGUGCCAGCAACGGCAAGAGACCACACCAGCGAUGGAAACAUCAUGUUUCUAUCCAAGAUGUGUAAUCAGAUACGCGACAAACAGCCGAUUCGAAUGAUCUUACCGGCUUUCCCCUUCAAAUCUCCGAACCGGGAGAAUAAGGUCUUGGGAAGCCUUCCUGAUAAAGGCGAAGAGAUUUCUCUCGCGCACCUUAACGGACUCUGCGCUGCUAUUGGUGAUGUCUAUGAAUAUGGAGCCAAGCUCACCAUCGUGUCUGAUGGUCUCGUUUAUAACGAUAUCUUGGGCGUGUCCGACAGAGACGUCUGGGAGUAUAGCCAUGCACUGAGAGAAAUGGUUGCUGAGAAUAAGUACGACCAUAUCGAGUUCGCCAGACUGCGCGACCUUGUUCACAUUCAUGAGGACGUCAGCCUUGAUGGCGAGACAUACGAGAAAUUGGCUCCAGAGUUUCGCCAGGAGCUGAUAAAAAGGUACAAGCCGGAGGGAUUUGACGCCGCUGUUAAGAUCAAGUCCGAUGAAAACAUCUGUACCACGUACCGAGGAUACAUCAAAUUCUUGACAAAAGACUUGGAACAUCUUCAUGUAGACGAUGGUACCAAAUCUCGCAAGUCGCAUAAAAAACAUCUGGGAGAUGUCGCUAAAUCCAUGAUCGAACGAGGCGCGAUAUCCAUAAACGUUCUCCCGAGAACUCCAACGCCAGUCACACCAUGGCAUUCAGCACUUUGCCAUACUGUUGACGGCGGCUUCAUGUGUGGAUGGCGCGAAAUCUUCGACGCGGACCCAGAACUGGAGUUGGUUCACAAGAACGGACGUCCAUGGUGCUACCGGUUUAAAUCUGAGCUGUACAACUGGUCAUCGCCGGUGACAGUCGACCCCAUCUAUCCCUGCGGCAUGAUGAUUACUCCUGUCAAUCCAACCUCAAUUAGCGAAAUCGACAAGGAGAAAGUGCAGGCUCUAGCACACGAGAACUCACCUGUCGUCCUCCGCGGAUUCACAGACACUCAUGACCACGAGCUGAUCGUGAAGAAAGCCGAGAGUAUGAACGCUUCUCACCUUUCGGCAUCCGACUUCGAUAUAGAAGAAGAAGCCGAAGACAGUGAUCCACAGGAGCUAGAAGAGCUUAUCCGGGUAGGUUGGGUGCCCUUCGAUGGGGCAGCUGAAACCACGAAGGAUAAAGACGCCAACAACACGAAGCAGUCUUCAAUUUCGUCUCCAUCCAAGUAUGAAAUGAUCACCGCCACUGUCCCCAUCUCAGAGAAAACCCGACGUAGUCUCUUCUCCGCUUCAUCUCUGUUCUUCUCUCACCUCCCAGCAAGCUACACCGUCGAGAUGCUCCAACAGUUCUCUUGGAAGACAUCGAGCUCGAGCUCAUCCACCAACACCAAGACUAAGACUAACAACUUGGGAGCCGGCUGA